AUGAGUAGCAUGGAGAAGGACGUGGAAAAGGCCGAGGUCGAUGUGGCCAAACCAGAAGAGAGCCACGCGGCGCCGGAACAGACGGCGAGGAGGAUAUCCCUGACGAAGCCGCCGCCGACGCCGCCCAAGGACGAUGGAUACCGACCCAUGACGAGCUCGACGAAGCGACUUUCCUUCUCGACGACGAUGAGCCCGCGCAGGAUCAAGUACGGGACGGGAAAACACUCCAAGACGGAACUGAGCCCCCAACCGACCGACGACCCCGACGAUCCCCUGAACUGGCCACAGUGGAAGAAGGAGCUCAACUAUGUUGCGCUCAUGAUGACGGUCGGGCUUAUCGGGGGGAUGAAGACGGCGUACGUGAGCGUCAACGGCGUGCUCGCGGUGAGAUUCAAUACCUCGUACACGGCCGUCGCGUCCCUGACGGCCGUGCCACUCGUCGUCUCGGCCUUCACGGGGCUCAUGGGCCUCAUGGUGGCCAAGGUCUGGGGCAAGAGGCCGGUCUACCUCGUCUCGAUGGUGUUGGUCUUCAUCGGCGCGAUGUGGAACAUGCGCGCGGGCAACAGUUUCGGGGAGUGCAUGGGAGCGCGUGUCUUCCAGGGUCUGGGCUGGGGAGCGUUCGACAGCCUUGUUCUCGGCUCGAUCCAGGACACCUAUUUUGAACAUGAGCGGAACGUCCGCAUCACGGCGUACAACCUCCUCUCUGUCGCUACCACUUGGGGCGCGCCCCUCCUCGGCGGCCUCGCAUCCCGCAACGCGGCCCGCUUCACCGUCCAGUUCGAGGUCAUCAACGCCUUGCAGAUUGUCGCCGUUCCGCUGCUCGUCUUCGGCGCCCCCGAAACAUCCUUUGAACGGUGGUUCAGCUUCAGCAUGGCGCAGACCCCGGCGUCCUCCGUCUCGUGGACGUCGAGGUAUCCGAAGCCCCUCGGCAAGCCGUCCGUGGAGAACGUCAAGGCAUACCUCCGAACCAUGAAGCCAUUAUCGUUCUCCGUUGAUCCAGACCUUGCCACUCUUUUGCAGGCGCCCCGCGCUUUUGUCGCGCCGACGACGCUGCUUCUCGUCGUGGUGACCUUCAUGCCGUACUGCGCGCUGUGGGGCCUGACCGAGUCGCUCUCCCUUCUCUUCUCGCCCAUGCCGUGGAUGCUCAACGAGUCCGCCAUCGGCUCACUCAUGGCCGCACCGUUCGUCUUCGCCGUGGUCACCGUCUGCGGGGUCGGAUUCUACCGUAAGCGGCCCGCUGAUCACACGCCCUACGACACCGUCAGCAUCCUGGCAGCCGGCACGGCCCUCGCCGCCGCAGGCAUCCUCGCCUUCGGCCUCGAGACGCACGCCGUCAUGUCCGCGUCCGGGGCAUCCGGCACGGCGGACGCCUUCAAGAUGGACGGCGUUGGGGCGCGCCUGUCAUUCCCGCUGCUCUCGUUCCUGCUGGGCCUCCUGGCGGCGGGCGUCGCGGUGCUCGACGGCGCGGUUCGGCCCGUCAUCUGGCGCUCGACGCAGUUCACGUCGUCCAACAUGGGCGUCUGCCUGCGCAACGUGGCCGACAUGCAUGCCGGCGUGGCUUGCUGGCGGAAUCUACUCGCUGGGGUGUUUGUCAUGGUGCUGCCGAACACCGUCGUCGUGUGGGCUGGGCUGAAAGCGAUCGUCGUCGGACUCGGGGUCACGCAGAUCCUGGUCGGGGCGGGCAUGUGCGGCGCCUGGUGGUUCUACGACGAUUACGUGAGGGGACUGGACGGGCGGGUGAUGGGGUUGGUCGAUCUGAGUAUGUUGAGGAGGGCGGGGAGUUUCUUUGAUACGGACUGA